CCACCAACCAACCGCUUUCCCUCGGCAGCUUCUCUUGCCUCUUUCUUCAUCGUUGGUUGCUCCCCCCUCGCUCCCCCUAACCCUUCUACACAUUUGCAGAGGAGCUCGCUUGUCAAAGGCACCGAAACCAGUUUUUCAAAGAUGUAUCAAGACGACCCCCCAACUAUCUGAAAAUUGAUCAGGCUUGGCUACAGAUUCACAAUGAGUUGCUCAAUGAGAAUUUGACUGUCUACUGGGUCUCGGAUUAUUGCUACCAGUGCACGUAUCAGGAACUGGUAGCUGCCUCUGUGAACAGAACAUCUGAAGUGCCUAGUAUUGCAACUGUUGCUGUAGAUUCUCAGCAUGCAAUUGCCCUGAUGGUCAAUAGUGUUGCGGAAGGCAAAGAACUUUGCAGGAUACAAUAUCAUUUUGGAGAAUUUGGAAACUAUUCACUAAUAGUAAGGCGUAGCAACAUCCAGAAGAUUUCAUGCAAUAUAGUUAUCAAUCAAAAUCCUGUGAACAGCUACCUCCCUAUUUUCUUUGCAUUUCUCAUCUACAUGGGUGUUUUCAGCAUAAUGACUGUGGGACAGUUUUGUGUGAACAUUGAACCAAUUAGAAAUUGGCUUUACAAGAAGAUGAACCCUAGAGAAACUGAUCGUCUUAUUAAUUCAGAACUUGGAUCCCCAAGCAGAACAGAUUCCAUUAGCAGUGAACUGCAAGCUGGAGUAUGGAGCGCUGCUUCCUCCCUACAAAGACUUCGUUCCCUGGACACAUUCAGAGGGAUGGCUCUCAUAAUUAUGGUGUUCGUGAAUUAUGGUGGAGGAAAGUACUGGUUCUUCAGGCAUCAGAGCUGGAAUGGAUUAACUGUAGCAGAUCUCGUCUUUCCAUGGUUUGUGUUUAUUAUGGGUGCCUCGAUUACAUUGUCUCUGAAUUCUAUGUUGAGGCGGGGAUGUUCGAAGUGGCACCUGCUGGGGAAAGUCGCAUGGAGAAGUCUCCUCUUGUUUCUGAUAGGAGUUGUCGUUGUGAAUCCAAAUUACUGCCUUGGGCCUUUGUCAUGGGAUAACCUGCGGAUUCCAGGGGUGCUUCAGAGAUUGGGCUGCACAUACCUUGUGGUUGCUGUGCUUGAACUCCUCUUUGCCAAACCUGUGCCUGAGGACAGUUCCCUGGUUGGUCUGUACUCUGCUCUUCAGGAUAUCCUGCCAUACUGGCCCCAGUGGCUUUUCAUGAUGGCGCUUGAAGCUGUUUGGCUGUGCCUCACCUUCCUGUUAAAUGUACCUGGGUGUCCAAAGGGUUACCUUGGUCCUGGAGGCAUUGGUGAUUUUGGGAAGUAUCGCAAUUGUACAGGAGGAGUGGCUGCCUAUAUUGAUCAUUUGCUCCUAGGAGAGAAACACAUCUACCAGCAUCCAUCUUCUAAUGUCAUCUACCAGACUACAGUAGCCUUUGACCCUGAAGGAAUUUUGGGAACAAUCAAUUCUGUUGUCAUGGCAUUCUUGGGACUUCAGGCUGGAAAAAUUCUCUUGUUCUACAGAGGCCAGCACAAGCAAAUAAUGCUCCGUUUUUGCAUGUGGGGUGUAGUUACGGGUGCCAUUUCUGCUGUGUUGACCAGAUGCACGAAAGAUCAAGGCUUUAUUCCGGUGAACAAGAAUUUAUGGUCAAUCUCAUAUGUGACAACGCUAAGCAGCUUUGCCUUCAUACUUCUGCUGUUAAUAUACUACCUUGUAGAUGUCAAGAGGGUGUGGUCAGGUGCUCCAUUUUUCUAUCCAGGCAUGAACUCCAUUCUCAUCUAUACUGGGCAUGAAAUAUUUGAAAGCUACUUUCCUUUUAAGUGGAAAAUGCAGGAUACACAAUCCCAUACUGAACACUUGGCUCAGAACUUAAUUGCCACAUCUUUAUGGGUCAUCAUAUCCUAUGUUCUCUACCGGAAGAGAAUAUUCUGGAAAAUCUAACUAAAUCAGUGAUGGGUCAAAGAAAGGCACAACUGGGGCAUGCGAACACUGAAAUACCCCCAAAGAUCAUGCUGACUUUUCAAAAAAGGGAUCAUAUAUUUGGUUUACAUUCCAGCUCAUCUUGAACUUGAAGAUUUACCAGCUGACUUGCCAUUCAGCCAAAACAAGGCCUUGUUUAAACUUUGUCUGCUAUAUUUGAUGUAUUAUUCCAUUUCUAAAUAAAACAUACUGAACAUCUAGGCAAUUUCAAAAGCCUUUCAGAAGCUGA